CAAAUUUUACACACGCUAUUAUCAUGGAAUUUCUAGCUGGAGGAAAUCUUUACGAGCACCUAGCCAAAAAUAGGGAAGAGAGGACACCUUUCCCCCUGUGGCAAUGUUUGAAUUGGGCAGGGCAAUGUGCAAGAGGUCUUAAAUACCUUCAUGAGAACGGCAUUACUCACAAAAAUAUUCAAUCUUACAACUAUCUUCUUAGCUCAGUCGAUGUGACAAAUUGCACUCUGAAAUUAAGUAAUUUUGGCCUCACAAAGCCUGAACAUACCUCUUACGCAAUCAUUACAACUUGGCAUGGAUCAUCAAUGCCAUGGAGAGCACCAGAAGUCAUCAGUGAUCCGACAUUUGGUAAAAAGUAUUCAGACGUUUAUUCUUUAGGAGUCGUCAUUUGGGAGUUGCUUACAUGCAAUAAGCCAUGGGAUAGACUUAGUGACCGCGAAAUUUCCAAUGCUGUUCAGAGUGGAAAUCACUUAGAAAUUCCAAAAAACUGUCCAACUGAUCUGAAGAGACUAAUGGAAAAAUGUUGGGAGAGAGAACGUGCCAGUCGGCCUAAAAUUUUUAAUAUAUGUGCGAGUUUAGAAUGUUUAUAUAAAGAGG